AUGGCUCGGAAAGGUUCCUCUGCGAGUCUGUCUUCAGCUACCAGGUUGCAUCUACAUUAAAGCAAGUGAAACACGAUCAACAAGUGGCACGGAUGGAAAAACUAGCCGGUCUGGUGGAAGAGCUGGAGGCAGAUGAGUGGAGGUACAAGCCAAUAGAGCAGCUCCUGGGAUUCACUCCCUCCUCGGGCUGA